AUGUCUUCUCCCAUCCCCAUCGCAUCCUCCUCAGCUGGUAGGGUAUCCGGAAAGUCCUGGAAGACAGCCAAAACUGCCACUGUGUCAGCCGAUUCCCGUUUCAACUUUCUUCACGCUAACGUACCCAACAGCCGUUCCAAUCUGCCAGACGCCGUCAAGACUAAAAAAUGGGAGGACCGUAUGCAAAAAACUACAAAGGCAAUGGCGAUCAAAAAACUACAGACGGAGCUCAAGGAUGAAAAAGAAGCUGACUACCAAAGACGGAGGGAGGUUACAAUGGAGCGCAAGAAGGCGGCAGAAGAAAGGAGGAGACUCGAGGACGCGAAAGCGCAGAUGGGCGCAAGAAAAGCUGCACGGCUGCGUCGAAGGGCAGGGAGAACGAAAAAAGUCAACCACUGA